GUAUCAGUUUUUGAGAACAAAUAUGUAUUUGCCUGGCAUCGGAAAGCUGAGUUUUCUUCGGGAGAUUAUUCCGCAAUCUAGGGAAUGGGGAAAACAUUAAUGAAUAGCCCUGUUCUCUCAUUGCAACCCUCUGCACGUCUGGAAUUUCCCGGCUUUUCAGCCACAAAAGGAACUGGUACAUAAUCAUUUUUUGGGUGGCUAGAUCCCCAACCCCAAGUCGAGACAGAUUUCUACAUUCAUAUAAAGGGAGCUAGCUCAUCAAUUUCUAGCGUCUGUAAUCUUCACCAGUACCAGCACUGAAUGUGCUUCCCUCCACCUGGCACUUUUAGCCUUAGGCUUCAGAGUCUGCUCAAUUCCUGUUAACUUAGCAGUACACCCUGUAUGGACAAUAUGGUACAGCCUCCUCAGCUAGAAGCAAGAGAACUUCUCCAAGCCAUGGGCAGUUUUGCAGGAGUCCGGAGAGAGCUACAAACCUCAUCUCCUCCUUUCUUUGCUCAGGCUUUGUGUUGCAUUUUUUACUUCCAUACCCGUAUCCUCUCAACUUUCAGUACCCUAGGCAACCAGUUUAAUGACAACACACAGUCAACUGUGAUGUCACAACUUGCAGCAUCCUUUAGUUGUUCCCCAUGACAGCGGGGAGAUCAUUUGGCAGACUUGGUGGAGAGAAAGAAUCAGAGAGGGGUCAAGGCAGGUUUCCACACUAGCUAGAUCAGCCACCUGCUAAAUGUAUGGAAAUAGUAGCACUUAACCAAUAUCUUGAGUAUUUUUUUCCUGAAAGAACUUACGAAUCAAAGCUGUUGGCAAAUCCACAAGAAUGUAACCGGGGUUUUUUUUGUUUACAUGACUGCAUUAAAUAUUUUUUUACGGAUCAGUGUAAUUAAGCCCAUUAAUGAAAGACCUGGAAGAACUUGGGCAGAAUCCAAGGCUUAUUUUCUUAAUGUAUUGCCUAACAUUGUGGUCUCCUCCUGGCUUGUGUGUUCAGUCGCCUCUGAAGUUGAACAGGGCAAUACACUCUCCACCCUUGCCUCAUCGGCUGGAAAAACGAAAUACCAAUUUCCUCCGUUACGGGUUUGCAGUAUGUGAAUUCCCCUUUUAUGAAAUAUGCCGUGAAAAUGUAUCAAGAAUUGAGUGUUCAGAGUUGGGGUGCUGUUUCCACAAACAAACGUGCUAUAAGAAAGCUGUACCACAAUACAUGAAAGCGUUUAUUUGCUUAAUAGUGAUCGUCAUGGUGGCCUUCUGUAUAUUUGUGCUGCAUAGUUGUUGCGCAGGCAAAAAGAGAAAGUCAUCUUUAGAGGAUGAAGUGAAAAGUUCAUCAGAUGAAAGUGACAGUUCUGCAGAGUCUGAUGAAGAUUAGCUCCAGCUCUCACUGAAUUGUAGAAUGGCAAGACAGAAGUGGACACCAAACUUGGAUUUAAUUUGGCCGUGAUGACUUCAUUGCUUACUAAGAGCCUGCCCAGCACUGACUCCUGAAACAAUAGGGUCUUAUUAAACAAAUACCAACUGUG